AUGUCUUAUAUUGUUCCAAUACACCCUCCUAGCGGUGUACGCCAUGCCAUCAAGCUGAAUUUCCUAGAGCCUGGCGUUGACACCCUUAUUGUCGCGAAAGCGAAUCGACUCCAGAUCUUCGAGCAAGGACCGGAAGGCUUGAGCCUGCUACACACGAAGACCGUCUAUGGCUACGUUACCAUCCUCGAGAAGCUCCGUCCGGAGUCUUCCAAGACCGACCACCUUUUCGUCGGAACCGAUCGCUAUCAAUAUUUCACUUGUUCAUGGAAUGCGCAGACAAAACAGUUGCAAACAGAGCAGAGCUAUGUGGAUCUGGCAGACAAAGUCCUGCGCAGCUCGCAAGAGUCGGACAGGUGCCACGUGGAUCCUACACGGCGGUACAUGACAUUGGAACUAUAUGACGGAGUAAUAUCAGUCCUGCCCUUUAUCCAGCCUUCCAACAAACGGGUCAAAAGAGAAAGCACUUCCAACACUCAGGUCGGGGCUCUUGGCGAGCCGGUUCAGGUCAGGAUCGAAGAGUUGUUGACAAGGUCAUCGGCCUUUUUGGAAAUGGAUCCCGACUCAAAAGACAAUCCGAGGCUGGCCAUCCUGUGGGAAGACAACUUGGAGAAUCCACGGCUGGUGAUAAGAGAGCUCAAAUACCGGACUGGUGGAGAGCAGGCAUCUGCGGAUUUGGAGAGAGUGGCCGAACUAAAGGGUGACCAACUCGACAAAGGCGUGAGCCAUCUCAUACCCGUCCCCGUUCCGUACGGAGGCUUCCUGAUUCUAGGCGACCAUGCCAUCCGUUACGUCGACCGCGAUUUGACAAAUGUCAUCACACAGCCCUUAGAUGACGACUCGACGAUAUGGACGUGCUGGACCAACGUUGAUGACCGACGAUGGCUUCUUGCUGAUGACUACGGCAAAUUGUUCUUCUUGAUGAUUGAGACAAGCUUUUCCGAAGUGAUAUCAUGGAGACUCGACCCUGUCGGUGUGACCUCGAAGGCUUCUUCCUUGAUAUAUCUUGACGAAGGCUACGUCUUUAUCGGAUCACAUGCGGGCGACUCGCAGGUUGUGCACAUCGAGGAGGAAGGGGUCCGUAUCGUACAGACAUUCGCCAACAUCGCCCCUAUUCUAGAUUUCACCAUCAUGGAUCUGGGUCGAGGUGCCGAAGGGGGCGCAACCCCCGAGUUCUCAUCUGGCCAAGCUAGGAUAGUGACAGCCUCUGGUGCCUGGCAGGAUGGUACCAUUCGGAGUGUCAGAAGUGGUGUCGGUCUGGAGGAGAUUGGCACAAUUGGCGAGCUGUCUCAUAUUAUCGACUUAUGGGGCUUGAGCUCAACAGGGCUGGACAGUACGCAGGAUACCCUGCUUGUGUCCUUCGUCAAUGAGACGCGAAUAUUCCAAUUCGAUGCAGAAGCCUCAGUUGAAGAAGUUGACGACUUCCACCACCUCGAACUCUCCCAGCCAACUCUUCUCGCGACGAAUCUUCCGGAUCGAAAGCUCGUUCAGGUUUACGAGACCGGAUUUCGGAUCACAGAUCUUGAAUCGGACAUGUUAACAUUGGAAUGGAAACCGCCCGAUUCCGCAGCAAAAAUAACAGCUGCCAGUGCUAAUUCGGUCCAUCUUCUUCUGGUGGAAGGUGGCCACACUCUCCACGUCUUCCACGUCGCCACCAGUGACGCGAAACCCACCGUCUCAAAGACCUUCCCACCAAACUCACAGAUAUCAGGUGUAACAGUCCCAGAUACACAGAGUAAUGUCUGUAUUGUCUCGUUCUGGCAAACAGCCUCUGUUGCCAUUCUUGACCUACACUCCCUCGACACCCUACAAUCACAAAUGGUUGGCACCCCUGGGACGGACAUCCCACGUUCUAUCCUGGUCGCCAACGUCCUCCCUGAUGCUCCCCUGACUGUGUUCGUUGCAAUGGCCGACGGCACAGUCUUGUCAUAUUCCUUCGACCCCUUGAAGAAUGCUCUGUCCGGGAUGACGAAGAUUUUACUGGGAACUGAACCAGUUUUCUUCAAACGACUACCAAAGGAUAACCAAUCGGGCUUGUCCAACAUAUUCGCUUCAUGCGAGCAACCCUCCCUGAUAUAUUCCUCCGAAGGUCGCAUUGUCUAUUCUGCCGUAAACGCUGAUAGUGCUUCUCGUGUGUGCAGUUUCAAUUCCGAGGCAUAUCCCUCGGCCAUCGCUAUAGCAACUCCAAGCGAGCUCAAGCUGGCCUUGAUCGGCACGGAGAGAACGACUCAAUUGCAGACGCUUCGAAUUCGCGAAACAGUGAGAUGUCUCACCUACGAGCCCAAGGCCAAAAUGUUCGCGAUGGGGUGCGUCAGCCGAGCCAUUGAAGACGGCGCGGAAGUAACGAUGAGCUCGGUUAAGAUCGCAGACGAGGUGAGUUUCAAGGAAUUACACUCGGUCGAUCUACAAGAUCAAGAAUUGGUGGAGUGUAUCAUUACAACGGGCUCUUUCGAACCGGAGAAUGAAUCCCGUGCCUACGGGGAGAUGUUUGUGGUAGGGACAAGCCUUCUUGAGGAGAGUGAAUCUGGUGAAGAGUGCCCGAAGGGACGGAUACUCGUCUACGAGGUCAACAAAGAAAACAAGUUGAAGGAAGUUACUCAAAUCAAGGUCAAAGGCGCAUGUAGAAGUCUCGCCAUGUGCGAGGGCAAGAUUGUGGCGGGCCUAGUGAAGACGGUUGUUCUUUACGGGCUUGUGCCAUCAUCAACACGAGGAGAUCACUCGCUCAGACUGGAGAAGCUGGCCGCAUACCGCACAUCAACGAACCCGCUAUCUCUAGCUGUCAUGCCCGCCACUCCCAGAGGACCGGCCUCAAUCGCCGUUGCAGAUCUGAUGAAAUCUCUGUCCAUCCUUCACGUCAAGCAUGAUGCGUCUUCCUCAACAGGCUACACUCUGCAGGAAAUAUCUCGCCAUUUUGCUACACUCUGGUCUUCAGCCACUGCGGCAAUAAUGGAAAACGAAUGGGUUGUUGCCGACAUGGAAGGUAAUCUAACCAUGCUCCGUCAGGCUAAAGACGGCAGUGGAACUAGUGGCUUCAACCGCCGGCUCGAAGUUACGGGAGAAUUCCGACUGGGGGAAGUAGUCAAUAAAAUUGUCCCUCUGACACUCACUCCAGCACCACCAAAAGAAAACGGAAACAAGGAGAUCGAGUUUUCAAAUUCAGAUGGACGGCGUUACGACCGUACGAAGGAGUCUGCUGCUUCGAAGAUUCUGCGUGAGGGACCGAUUGUUACUCCGCGGGCGUUCCUGGCGACCAUCGAGGGCGCGAUAUACAUGCUUGCAACCAUCAAUCCGGCUUUUAUGAACGUGCUGUUGACGUUACAGUCCACACUGGCGAAUCGAGUACAAGCCCCAGGCUAUAUGCCUUGGAGCAAAUUCCGAGCACUGAAGACUGAGGUUUCGGAGAAGGAUGAGCCGUUUAGAGUUGUGGACGGAGAGAUGUUGGAGCAGGCGCUGUUGAGCAUAGGCGACGAUGAACUGGAGGGAGUUAUAAGAGAAGCUGGACUGGCGGAGGGGCAGCUGGGGGUGACUGUACAGGAGGUUAGAGGAUGGGGAGAAGAGCUCAGGCGAUUGUGCUAG